CCUCCGCCUCCUGCCCCCUGCAGCGGGGUUACCUGUCACGGGGAGCCCGCUAAAUUUUACGGAUACGAUAACUUACAGAGACAGCAGAUUUUUACGACACAGCAAGAGGCCGAGCUGGUACAAUAUCCUGACUGUAAAUCGUCCAGUGCUAAUAUUGGCGAGGAACCAGACCACUUAAAUCAGAGCUCGUCUCCUGCUCAAAUGUUUCCCUGGAUGAGACCACAAGCAGCGCCUGGUAGGAGGAGAGGAAGACAAACAUACAGCCGAUUCCAGACUCUAGAGCUGGAAAAGGAGUUCCUUUUUAACCCCUAUCUGACCAGGAAGAGAAGGAUAGAAGUGUCCCACGCACUAGGACUCACCGAGAGGCAGGUAAAGAUCUGGUUUCAGAACAGGCGGAUGAAAUGGAAAAAAGAGAACAACAAGGACAAAUUCCCCGCUUCCAGACAGGAGGGAAAGGAAGGGGAGGCCAAAAAGGAAGCACAUGAUCUGGAAGAAGAAAGAGCUGAAGGCCAAACGAAUUAAAAUUUGUCCUAAAAACCUUUGUGAAAGUCUAUCAAAAAUAACGAGCGCCAUAUCGCCGAAUGUCGGCCCGAUCCUCUCGCUUUAAAAGGUCCUGCCCUGUGAGACGAGUGCCCCCCGUGUCCCUCUGCUUCGGGUGCUUCUGUUGUUUGUGGUUUGGUUUUGUUUUUUACUCGUUUUCGGGACAAUAUCUAGAUUUAACCGUUCAUCUGCUCCUAUUGGAAAUUUGAUAAA